GCAAGUGGAUUAGGACUUUGCCAGAUAUACGUUGGUCAGGUUGAACGAAUUACCAAUAGAAAAAUAUAGUGCUAAGCAAGAAAUGUCCUUGUUUAUACUUUGUAGUCGGGCAGCAACUUUUCCAAGCUUGCCCUUUAUAAAUUGCCACAUGGCCGUCAAUCUGAUAACAAAAAAUGUAUAUAUUUCUCAAAAGUGUUCCAAGAAAAAUAAUUAGAGAGGGCAUGGCGGCAAGGCUUCAAAAAAGUUCGAGCGAUUGGGAUGGUGCUUCGUUUGAAGCAAUUCUGAAGGAAGUUGAACAGAUUACUGGAGACAAGGAACAGCAGAUGAAGGAGGUGACAAAAAUUGUCGUGAAGAAAUUUGUGACUAAGGUGAUGACGAGAAGAAGCUGCAGCCGCGACGAAUCAGGCGUUGUGGACCGACGGGUCUUCUCCAUCUUUGAUGAAGUACCUAAAAAGAAGAGAUCAGGGAUGAGAAAGAAGCGAACAUUCAACGUUCCUUCUCAGUCUCACAAAAAGAAAAGACCAUGGAUGGGAGAUUCCAAGAGGCAGAAAAUUAGAAACAUUAAGAAUACUACUGGGCUCAAAUCAUCAGAGUUAAGCAGCCCAACCCCACCAGAAGAACUCGUGGAACUCAUCAUAAACAAGUAUGGUCCUCAACAACUCGCUCUGGUGAUAGAAAAAGAGCUUACCCACUCCGAUUUAAGCUCACAACAGGGCCGCUUCUCUAUUCCAGAACGUCAAGUCAACGCUGAUUUUCUUACGCAAGAUGAAAAAGACAAGCUCGAAGAAAAUCAAGGCAUAGAUGUGAUGAUUAUAGACCCAUCAAUUGAAGAAACUAGUCUGAAGCUAAAAAAGUGGAGAAUGAGCAAAACGUUUUGUUACGUGUUGGGUGGGAAAUGGAAUGAAGUCAAAGAAAGGAAUGCAGAAGCCCUAAAAGUCAAUGCCAAAACUCAUGCUGUUGUACAGCUUUGGAGCUUUCGAAGGAGUCCAUCAAGGCUGUGUUUUGCACUAAAUGUCGUGGCAUAAGGCAAUGUACA